AUGGCAAUCCGGCCCGCCGCUCCACCCGCGUCUAUAAUCGGUAUCAACUGGUCGCCUGCUGAUCUGAGUUAUGAAUCUGCGCAAGCUUGCGACUCCUCUAAAUAUUUUGAGUACGUCCGGUGCGCUCGGCUGUCAUCACCUUCAGUUGCCAAAUCUACCGCCUUCUUACAAAACAUGGAUGACCACCAGAUUGCCGCCUGGGUUGAGCAGCAGGCUCACCAGAACAAGGUCGUCGUGUUCUCCAGGACCACCUGCCCAUACUGUGUGAAGGCCAACGGCAUUUUGAUGAGCGAGGUUCCUUCCGACGUGACUGUGGUCCAGCUCGACGACCACCCUGACCGCCCCGCAAUCAUGGAGUACUUCCGCACUACCACCGGCGCAGCCACGGUGCCCCGCGUGUUCAUCAACGGGAAGUUCUUCGGUGACUGCAGCAAAACGGUUUGUGCGAAUAUUUUGCUGCGGCAUCACGUUCAGGUUGCCGCUCAGCAGUCCGGUGAGCUCCGCAAGGUGCUCCUUGAGGCCGGCUGCCGCCUGGAGUAA